GUUUUGUGAAAAGUGGAAGGAUUUGAAUUAUUAUGAGUGUAAGAUCCAUUUUGAAUGCCUUGUGUGUUUGUGAAAAUCCCUCCAUGUAUAUACUUGCACUUUGUUCCUAUUGAUCUUCUUAGUUGUACAUUGUUAACUUUUGGACUACAUUUGGAUUGUUAAUCUUUGUAUUUUAUUAUAGUUUUUUGUCUUUACCACACCUUCACUAAUUCCCCAUGUUUCUUCCCGAACUGCACUUAUGUUGUUUUACUUUAUACUAAAUCUGAGCGGCAGCCAUUUUGGUUGGUUCCUGCUUUUGAUUGCUUGACCUGUGUUGACUGGAAUUGUGCAUUUUGGUUGUGAAUUGAAGCACUCUUCCAGAAUUGAAAACACUGUGUUAUAGAGUGACCAAUUAUUACCUUUUGAACGAAUCUGUACGUGAUCUAUCCAGACAGGAUAGAAUAACAUUUAUUUGUGGUGAUUGUUUAGAUUUGAUCAAUUAAACAAUUAUUGGUUGGAUAGCUGUGUGGUUAUAUUUGUUUAGAACCGCUAUCUUACCCCAUUACCUUGUUUUGAUCUCAAACGGGCGAGGGCGCGUAUCGAACUUAUCCAGGCAGCUGUCCAGCAGUCCAAACGUGGUUUGGAUCCUACAGUUCUAAACAAAUAUUAAUUGGUCAAAGUCGUUUGGUAAUCGUUCACGGAUUUUCUGGAAAUAAUUGGUCGUGUCGCUUAUAAUGCCAGUUAAUCGUCGUCGGAGAUCAGGCUCAAAGUUCGUCGAUGUUAACGAAGAAUCCCCUAUCGUCAAGCAAGUACCUUUUGAUGUCCUUAAGGGUCAUGGUUCAGACUUAAAUAGGGUUAAUUAUCAUGGCAGUGAUUCUAGCCUUAAUUCGAUGUCAGAUGAUGUAAAAAAUCUUAGUUUAAAGGAGGAGCAAAGGCCUGAAUUACUAGGAAAGAGCAUGUCGCCUAUAGUCCACGUUGUUGGCCCAGAGCUACCAAAGGUUGAAUUGAGUUAUUUCGAUGGAGAGCCAAGAGGUUAUUGGAAAUUUAUAAGGCAAUUUGAGACGUAUGUAGCGUCAAGAGUCACGGAUGAUAGCCAGCGCUUACUCUAUUUGAUACACUACUGUAAGGGCAAGGCUAAAACAGCUAUUGAAGGUUGCGUCAUGAUGGAGGCAUCCUCUGGCUAUAAAAGAGCAAGGGAGAUUUUAAAACGUUUUUUCGGACAGCCUCACGUAAUUGCUCGAGAAACACUAGAGGACUUAUUCAGUGCUGCGAAUUUUGAGUAUAUUGACGGGGACCAACUAUCAAAUUUGGCUAUUAAGAUGGAAAACUGUGCCAUGGUCUUGGAGCAGAUGAAUUAUACUUCUGAUCUAAAUACCUUAGUUACCUUGGAAAGAAUAGUGAGACCCUUGCCGCAAUCUCUGCAAGCCCAGUGGGCGGACUGGGUGGAUAAAUUGACUGAAGAUAACAGGGAACCGACCUUCGACGAGCUCACUCAGUUUAUCGCAUCGCGUGCGAGAGUGGCUUGUAGUAGAUUUGGACGGUUAGCAAACCGUUCAAGAAAAGGACAUAACGUGAAGACGAACUGCCACGUGAAAUCGGUGCAAGGGAAUAGUUCGACGACGAAAACUAAAUGCAGUAUGUGUUCCUACGACCAUGCUAUUGAUAAAUGUCCACAGUUCUUAGCGCUUACAGUCCAAGACCGAUGGUCUCACGCUAAAAGCAAGGGUAUCUGUUUUGUUUGUCUUAGACAAGGACAUAAGAUUAAUGAAUGUAAGAUGACAAGGCUCUGUAACGUUGACAGUUGUAAGAAGAGACAUCACGUUCUGCUGCACACUGACUCGACAGGCAACGUCGUAAAUGAUAAGCCAUCAUGCUCGGAAUAUAGGAAAAGAGUUGUUAAUCAUAUCAGUAAGGUACAGACACUGGAGAACGAAAUACGUAAGCUUUAUGAUGAGUUUUCAGAUGCUUAUUCAAGUGAUAAAUCAUUAUCAGUAGACGACAAGGGGGCUAUAAAGAUUGUGGAAGGGGGCACGCACUUCGGCGACGGUCAUUUUGUAGUUUCUAUACCGUGGAAAAAGAAUCCAAAUAUGAAAAUGGAUAAUUAUGAAGUAGCAAACCGUAGAUUACAAAGUUUGAAAGGUAUGUUGUCGAAGGACGUCAGCCUGAACAUCAGGUACAUCAAAAGUAUUGAAAGUAAUUUUACUAAGACUUAUGCGGAGAGGGUCCUUAAAAUAUAUUUGCAGCCUAAUUAUCGCCCUCGAGGGUAUUUACCUCAUCAUGCAGUGUUGAACAUGAAAAAACCAGAGGAACUUAGAGUGGUCCUUGAUUGUGCCGCCGAGUUUGCAGGGUUUUCCACAAAUGAUAUGAUUUAUCAAGAACCCGAUACCACUGAUGAGUUAAUGUGUAUAUUAUUAAGUUUUCGCAAGGAGGCAGUUACAAUCCCUGCAGAUGUUGAAGAAGUGUUCAUGCAAUUGGUCUCUGAGUCUGAUCGAGGAGCUUCAAGAUUUCUGUGGUGGCAGGAGGGAGACAUGUCGAGGGAACCAUCUGAGUUUCAAAUAACAUCUCAUCCGUUUAGUGCCAUAUCGCCGUUUCGUGCGAACUUUACCUUGAAUAAGACGGCUCAAAUAUUCUCUGACGGUUAUGAUGGUUAUGUUGUAGAUGCUGUCAAGAAUAAUUUCUAUGUUGAUGAUUGCUUGAUAUCCAUUCCCAAUUGUGAUCAAGCAAAGAGUUUCGUUAAGCAUAUAAGUGAAUUAUUAUGUAGAGGAAGUAUGCAAAAAAUGAUCGAUCUUGAAUAUUGGUUCAAAUGUCCUACUUUAUCGCAUGACAAAUUUUAUAUAACAAUCACUGACUGCCCGGAACCUACUCCUGACGAUAUUGAGUUUAGAAAAAUUGCUGUGGUUAACUUGAGUAGUAUAAAGCAAAACAUGUCACCUAUUCUCUCUUAUAAAUCCGAGUGGUUGAAAUUAGUAGGGGCCGUAGCCUGGCUUAGAAGGUUCAUAGAAUUUCUGAUAGUGCUUCGUUCACCGAGUCAUGAAGGAUCCGUUCAUCUAGGAUGUUUAAAGGUCAAGGAGCCUGACAUCGCCAAGGGUGAGAAUUUAUUGAUGGUUCAAAAGGAAGUGUGUGGAGAAUUAUUUAGUGAAUUUAGAAACAGAAGUGAAGUAGUAAGUCAUAAUGAUCUGAAAGGUUUAUCACCGAUAAUGCUUGAUGGGUUACUCUGUGUUACAGGUCGUCUAAGCUACUCAAAAUUAUUGAAUGCUUUUGAACGUCCAGUAAUUUUACCCAGUCGACACUUAGUGACGGAAACGAUAAUUAGACAUUGUCAUAAAGAACCAGGACACAUAGGAAGGUCAUUAGAAAAAGGAUAUAGAUAUGUGUUUACUUGUUUGCAAACAUGGGCAAUACAUAUUGAACUGAUGUAUAGUUUGAUUACUGGUUCAUUUAUAAUGGCCUUAUUACGUUUUAUUGGGAGAAGAAGGAAACCUCCGGAGAUUUACAGUGAUAGUGCGUCAAGCUUCAGGGGAGCAGAUUCUGAAUUAAGGAGGUUUGUGCAACAUUCGAAUCAGCAGAAGAUAAAUAUUGAAUUGUCAGCGAGGUCCUCAUCCAACAGCAUGGGUGUAAUUUGGGGAAGAGUGAUUAGGUCUAUACCAAGACUGUUAUUGUUGAUCACGAGAGAACAGGAGAAGUAGGUCUCCUUGAAGCUUUGGAUUAGUCUUUGUUGUUAUUGAUGUAGUUAGGUCGAGUAGGCGUACUGUUGUAAGUCCUACUCGUUCCUAUGGUGUGAUAUGUUAUAUAAUGAACCAUGACCGUAGGCAUCAAGGUAGCUUGUGUGAUAUGGAGGGAUUUUGGGGGCCGGUGUAAGAUCCAUUUUGAAUGCCUUGUGUGUUUGUGAAAAUCCCUCCAUGUAUAUACUUGCACUUUGUUCCUAUUGAUCUUCUUAGUUGUACAUUGUUAACUUUUGGACUACAUUUGGAUUGUUAAUCUUUGUAUUUUAUUAUAGUUUUUUGUUUUUACCACACCUUCACUAAUUCCCCAUGUUUCUUCCCGAACUGCACUUAUGUUGUUUUACUUUAUACUAAAUCUGAGCGGCAGCCAUUUUGGUUGGUUCCUGCUUUUGAUUGCUUAACCUGUGUUGACUGGAAUUGUGCAUUUUGGUUGUGAAUUGAAGCACUCUUCCAGAAUUGAAAACACUGUGUUAUAGAGUGACCAAUUAUUACCUUUUGAACGAAUCUGUACGUGAUCUAUCCAGACAGGAUAGAAUAACAUUUAUUUGUGGUGAUUGGUAAUUUUCUUGCAUUCUUUAUCAACUUUCUUAUUUAUUGUAGUUUAGAUUUGAUCAAUUAAACAAUUAUUGGUUGGAUAGCUGUGUGGUUAUAUUUGUUUAGAACCGCUAUCUUACCCCAUUACCUUGUUUUGAUCUCAAACGGGCGAGGGCGCGUAUCGAACUUAUCCAGGCAGCUGUCCAGCAGUCCAAACGUGGUUUGGAUCCUACAAUGAGAACUAGUAAUCCGCAAAAUAACGCGAAUAAGACCAAAUGGAACUAAGCGAGCACAAACGGACGUAUUUUAUUUAGAAUUCAAAAUCGGGCAGAUAUCGAGUACGAAGAAAUCAUUAGUUCAUACAAAUACCACAGAUAUAUAUAUAUAUAUAUAUAUAUAUAUAUAUAUAUAUAUAUAUAUAUAUAUAUAUAUAUAGAUAGAUAGAUAGAUAUGUGGGAAACGGUUUGAAGAUGGAAUUCGCAAACGCUUAUUCCGGAAAUCGACAACAUGAACUGUGUGAUUAUCGUGCAAUGUUUAAGGAGUUUUGAUAAGUUCUACUGCCUACGAAAAUGGAUGUAGAAAACAAAGAGAGACAACCUGCUAUCUAUCUGAACUGGAAACCAACGAGAUGGAUUGAGUAAUUAUUGUGGAAGAAUUGUCCACAUUAAUCCUGAGAAUAAGGUCAGUGAAAUACACAGAGGGAUGGAAAAGAAUGUUUGGCAUAGAUUAUAUGACACUGAGAUUGAGUAAGUUUGUCUAUCGAAAUGCACAAUAUAUUUGAAGGCAUAAAUACCGAGUUUCGACUUGAUUGUUUCAAAUACACUGAGCAUUGAGUAGAGUUGGUGAUUAAAUACUGGAGAGCUUCUUAUGUUUCUUACAACCAGCCACAAAAUGUCGGAUACCCAGUUUUCUUGUUGUGGAUCCCAGUGAAUGAGUCUAUUCUAGAUGCAUUUAUAUCCGUAUAUACUUAUGAUAUACCAAAAAUCAUUAACACUACAAAUCGAUGUGUCUGAUUCUGAGUAAAGAAAAACGGUAACAAAUAUCACUCACAUGGAAAUGAUAUAUCAAAUAACAUAUUGACAAGGGUUGUAAUGAAAUGAAUGUUACUUGUAAGCUCUUUCUGAGAUAACAACAACCAUAAUAAUCUGAGUCAAAAUUUCAGAGUGGUGUAGAAUUGUUUGAAAAUAUGCCAGAUUUUCCACUGUCAAACACGAUGUGAGGCAUAGGUAAAUACAAAUGUCUGACAAGUGUUGAAGAGACGUUUAUGAUCACUGCAUGAUUGUCAGCUGCACGUCAACAUGCACUUCGUCUUCAGAGUCAACUGAAAUGUCAUAGCAUACGUCACAAGUACAUCUAAAGUUGUUGAUGUCAUUUGCUUUCAGAUAAUCAUCAGUUCGAUAUUCGAUGUAUUGUGGCUGGUGAGCAGUUGUACACUGGUUCUGAGGUGCCUAAUUAUAUUCUGUGAGUCUCAUGUAUAGUAAGAGACAGAUUUGUGACGUCAACUAUUUUCUUAACGUUGUCGUGCAGCUCACUGCACGACUUUGCAUAUCACUGCUGAGUUGGAUUAGAAGUUGGAGCUUCAUGAUCCGAAAAUCAAUUCGAUUCAUGCAGUCAGCUUUCUCGUUGGUUUUGCUAAAACAGCAAGUGUGUUCGGAAGUACACAAAAGUAUGUGUGUGCACUAUACAAAUCAGAGUGUGGUCAAACAUAACACGUUGUGUGUUUAGUUGUUUAUGUUAUGUAUUUCAAACUAUGUACAAAACGUUGAAUCGUCUGAGUGUACAUUUGAAAUAACUCAUUUAAAGACGAUGGACAGUUUGCCAGUAUAUGUUAAUGGACGUUGGUUAUAUAAGACGUCCUCAUGCAAUUUAUUACAUCUAGUAAUUGGACAGACACCAACGACUGAAAACGGUGAUAUAAUAUUAAACCCUCCAUUUGUCACUCAAACAUUAUUUUCUAAGCGUCGAAAAAUGGAUGAUCAAUUUCAGAACAAAAUACUUUUUAGUCAGUGUGGUAGUCAAUUAUCUUUUGACAAUAGCUCAAUUUUAAAGCUCGUGCUCAUGGAUUCUUAUCCAAAAGAUGAAUUAUUUAGAUCUAAACUUCCGAACACUCUUCUAACGUGUAAAUAUCGUUUGCCGCAGGAGGCCUCUGAUUUGGGCGCAUACACGCGCGACAACCCUGAUAACAUAUGGAAUUAUCCACGUCCUGCUACCGUUCAGUACACUUCUAGUGUCAUACCUUGGAUGUCAUCGUCGAUUUUCCCGUACGUCCAGACUGGAGCCUGACCGUUGUUGCUACCUUGACGUGGUGGUCGAGCUUGCCUAUCGUGAUGAAGCAACCGAGCUAUACUGGCUGGAACAACCGUUCCUCAAGGUCCUACCAUGUCAGACAGGUCGGUUGAAGAGCGGUAAGACUAAAAGCAACAAACCCAAGGUUCGAAGGCGAAGUCGUACUGCUGACUGUACAGAGGUGUGACAGCAGUAAGGUGUUUCCUUCAGAUAACCAGCAUGACAGCAAUGCUGCCUUCCCACAAAGAGCGGUGGGGUUAGAAAAGGUGGACCCUAAAAAUGCACACCUCGCCUUAUCCCACGGAUAUCCGUCUCCGGCGGUAAGGUCUCAAUACGUACGGAGCUAACACAAAAAUUACCCAUAACAAAGUUGUGUGUGACCGACCUCAAGCAGUUGUCCCUUGGGCACUGAGGUCACGCUCUCAGGUCACUAAGACCACCUCUAAUCCAAUUUCCUUUUCAGGUACCUUCAGAACAACCCUUCCACGGUGUGGGCAACCGGGAAGUGAUAACCGCCCUCAUACUUCUAACAGCACUCAAGACCACUGUAUUCAUAAUCAACCUACCUCUUCAAUUCCUAUUAUUCCUCCUACAUCGACUUUCAACUCUAAAUUUCCUCUCUCGGCUUCCACCUCAAGUGUCACCAUAGCCAACGAUUCAAGUGCGCAAAACACUGUCCCAGGUCUACUGAAACCUUGCUCCAAACUACAAAUUGGAGCCUUCAACGUACGCACCCUAUGUCAAACCGGUCAGCAGGCUUCCUUGGAUAAAAUCCUAGAGUCUUUUACCAUUGACGUGUGCUGUGUCUCCGAAACACGCAUACAGGAUUCCAGUGUGGUCAUUCACUUGACCUCACCUCGGCAAAACGGAGAGCCAACGAGAUACACCCUUCGUGUAUCUGGUGACCCGAUGGCAAGUUCUCGUGGACUGGCAGGUGUAGGCAUAGCACUAAGCAUGAGGGCCGGACAAGCACUGCUAGAGUGGAUCCCCGUCAACAGUCUUCUAUGUGCUGUUCGGCUGAACGGCUACGUAAGAACUCGGAAGGAUAGGGACACACGUCGUUGCCUUUUUGUCGUUUCUGCCUAUUCUCCCACUGACUGCAUCUCAGAUGAAGUGAAAGAUGAAUUUUACAGAAAGCUGUCCGAACUUCUUCAGAAAGCUAAACGCUCAGACAUAGUACUCGUAGCAGGUGAUUUUAAUGCUCAGAUAGGCAGUUUAAACCAAACAGAAAGGCAUUUAGGUGGAUAUUUUAGUAUUCCGACACAGCGAACAGAUAAUGGUGAUCGUCUGCUGCAGCUAUGCUCAGACAAUCGUUUAUUUUUAGCAAACACAAAUUUUAAGCAUAAGGAGAGACAUCGUCUAACGUGGCGACCCCCUACACCAAACCAACGAUGGACUCAAAUAGACCAUAUUGCCAUCAGUCAUCGUUGGAGAGGGUCGGUAGAAGAUUGUCGCUCAUUCUGGAGUACCUGCUUGGACUCCGACCAUGCCCUAAUACGGGCACGCAUCUGCUUGCGCCUCACUGGACGCAAAAAAGCCACAUUAAAAAGACCCGUUAGAACUGAGUUGAGUAACGAGAAAACCAAAAGUAGGUUCCAGGAACAACUGAGGUCACACUUAGGUAGUUGUGAAGACGAGGCUGACCCAGAUGUUGCUUGGAAGGGCAUACAAUCAGCUGUGGAAACAGCAGUGACAUCUAUUAGUGACUUAAACCACAGAGUUACAAGGAACCAGUGGAUUUCUUCAAGGUCUGUCACACUGAUGGAUUCUCCCAAGCUCGUCCCAUCGGGUUCCGAACAUGAUGAAGAGCGACAACAAAUCAGAUCUAGGUUAAGAAAAGGUUUAAGAAACGACCGUGAGCAGUGGUGGGCAACGAAAGCAAAAGAGAUGGAAAAGGCGGCGACUAUAGGGAACACAAGGCAGCUUUACAGACUAAUAAAAGAAACUGGAACUAAUAAGUCAAGUGUAAGUGAGAUUAUUUCGGAAAAAGACGAUACUCUCAUCUGCUCCCAGUCCAGACGUUUAGAACGAUGGGUGGAACAUUUUAGAGAACAGUUCAGCUGGCCUUCAGCUACUCUACAACUACCCUCCAUUCUCAGACAAUGUGAAUGGAACAUUGAAGUAGGUCCCCCAACUCUUGCUGAAGCUGAGAAGGCUAUAGUUAAUCUGAAACGAGGAAGGGCAGCUGGUCCAGAUGGAUUGACUCCAGAGGUCUUUAAGGAUGGUGGUCCAAUUUUAGCGAUUAGGUUGACUAAUAUUUUAGCUAAGAUCUGGGAAUUAGACGUUAUCCCAUCUGACUGGUCGCAAUCACUUAUCGUCCCAAUAUAUGAGAAAGGGUCCAAAUCAUCCUGUGACAACCACAGAGGGAUUAGUUUAACAAACAUAGUAUCUAAAAUACUAUCAAACGCCUAACUAAGACUCGUGAACUACAAACACGAGAGAACAAAGCUGGCUUUAGACCUGGUCGUGGCUGCAUCGACCACAUAUCCACCAUUCGUCAGGUUCUAGAACACAGGCAUACCUAUCGGCGUCCGACGAUGGUGGUCUUUCUUGACUUAAAAGCAGCAUUUGACUCUGUAGACCGCGAGACUCUGUGGCAGUUUCUGUCAUUGAAAGGCGUACCUCAGAAGUACAUAAACCUUGUAAAGUCUCUUUACUCGAACACUACUAAUCGAGUCAGAGCUUUUGCAACCUCAAGUGGUGUCCGUCAAGGCUGCCCGCUUUCUCCAUUUUUGUUUAACUUCAUCAUAGACCUACUGAUGGAACUAACAUUCUCGUCGACUGAAUUCUCGGGUAUUGAUCUCCUUCCAGGAGGUCCACUUAUCGACUUAGAAUACGCAGAUGACAUAGUCCUGUUUGGUGAAGACGCUGACAAAAUGCAGAGUCUUCUGGUAGCACUGAGCAACAAUGCCAGAAUGUUUGGGAUGCGCUUCUCUCCCUCCAAACGCAAGUUGUUGCUUCAGGACUGGUCUGCGUCAACACCUGAACUAAGGAUAGGGAGUGAAGUAGUCGAACGCGUUGACAACUUCACUUAUCUUGGAAGUCUGAUCAGCUUUAAUGGGUUGGUGUCUGACGAAAUCUCAGCACGGAUUCGAAAAGCUCGUUUGGCUUUUGCCAACUUACGUCACCUUUGGCGGAGGCGAGAUAUCCGUCUAUCAAUAAAAAGAACGAGUAUACUGCGCGGCAUUUCGUUCUGUUUUAAUUUACGGCAGCGAAACAUGUCCCUUAAGAGUAGAAGACACCCGUAAGCUACUAGUAUUUGACCACAAAUGCCUUAGAAAUAUUGCUCGCAUCUGCUGGGAUCACCGGGUAAGUAAUAGUCAGGUUAGACGCAGGGUAUUAAGGAAUGAUGGUAAAUCAGUUGAUGAGGUUAUGAAUCUUCAUCGACUGAGAUGGUUGAGCCACGUAUUACGUAUGCCUGAACACCGAUUACCGCGACGUGCAAUGCUAACCGGUGUAGGGGAUGGUUGGAAUAAAGUUAGGGGCGGCCAAACCAAAACGUGGCAUCAGUGCCUGAAGUCACUAACUUUUAGUCUGAGCCAUGUUGGUGAAUGCAGACUACUUGGUUGGGGUCCGCGUGACUUUCGUAACCAAUCGUUAGAGACCCUUGGUGACAUGGCUCAGAAUCGAUCACAAUGGCGUCGGUGUAUACACUCCCUGUCUUCCCUUAAACUAAGAGAUUAAAAUCACUUCAUAUCCUUCUUUCUAUGAACUAAUUCUUUCUUCCUAUACUAUAUAUUUAUGGCAAUCUUUCUCCUAUAUAUUACCACCUUUGACCUAACCACUCCUAUGAAUCCAGUGUUCAUCCUGCUGUGCUAAUGAGGUAUGGCAAACUGGGCCGAUGCAUACAUGUGCCUGGUCCUAAGUUGUAGCUGACUGACUGACUGACAGAAGAGUGACAAAGUAAAAUCAACAUUAUCAAUCAAGCCUUAUGAAUUUCAUAUGAAUGGCACUAAAUAAAAUGUUGACUGAUAUUUUCACAGAAUAACAGGAAGUAUGUACACAGAAUUACUUGUUUCUCUCAACUGCGCUUUUUAGAACUCUCGAAAUUUUCAAGAGUUUCCGUUGCGCCCUUUUACAGUUCCUCUCCAUAAUAUUUCUGAUGAUAUUGUCGUUCAUCAAUUUGUUCUCAGGUAAAAGCUACACAAGUAAUCGUAUAGGUAAGCGUAUAAGUAAGCGUACGGUAUAAUAUUAGAUGAAUAUUUAGGAUGUAAAAUCGGCAAGUUUACAUGGAGUUAGACAAAUAGUAGACGAUUCGGCAACAUUUCAAAUAUAGGACGACUACCAUUUAUUACAAUCUAAUCUCGUCUCGUUCGUGAACUGAACCUCGUUAAAGUUUUGUAUUCCGAUCAACAUCAACAAAUAAACGUCGAAAAUACGAACAUCUUUUUAAAAUUAUGUCUGUUUAGUCGCAUCAGCAACGUGAAUCCGAAAGUAUCUUCCAACAAAUUAUACUUGGAUGUUGAUGGAUUCAUAAGUGGUUUAAUGACUGUUUUAGAUGACCACUGAGUUUAGAAAUCAACUAACUGAUUGUAUAGUAAGAUACUAAUAUAACCCGUUGAGAAUAUUAAAUAUUAACUUUAUGGAUCCAUUUUUGGACCAAUACUAUGUGUACAUGUUUAUCGUUUAAUUGUUUAAUAGCUAAACUAUUCAUAUUCAUUUCCCCUUUAUCACACGCUUUAUUUUGACCUAUGAACUGUUGUUAUACGGUUUACCAUUCUUGAGUUAUGCCCUGUCUGUCAAUAAUUAUCUCCCUUAUUCACAGCCACAUUUGGCUAAAUCUUGUACAGAUAUUGUUUCCUAUUUUAUGGUACGAAGUUGUCUGUAUGUGUUGAGUUGUUAAAUAAACCUGAUAUGUUUGUAAUAAAUGAUUAUUAUCGCAGAGGUUGAGAUUUGUGUUCUGGACUUGACUGACUGGAUUACGCAGGAAGCAAGACCGAUAAGGACUCUAGGCUGCUCGCACGGGUUUUAUGUGUCAUCGGACCGAUCAAUAAUUCACUGCUCUCUAAUUGGCGGUAUCGUCACGUUAUACAUUAACUGGGCACACAGACUACAAACUAUAACAGAUACAUCUACUACUUCUACUUUCUUUUCACUACCUUCUUUCUAUCAUAACUAUGAGAUAAGUGUUUAUACUUAUUAAGUGAUGGAAAAAUACAGAAUAAUUUACUUUCUCCUAAACUUACAAUUCAAUUGUUUCAUUCACACCUUUGUUGAUCACAAGGUUAAUUAAAUCGCAAUCACUAAAGAAUACUCGAUUUGUGCUAUUCGCAUGUUGUUAUCACACUAAUUACCAGUACUCGAAAUCUUUGAUUAGUGUUAACCUGACACAUAUAAAUGGAUAUUUACAUACAAAAUGUGUGACAGAAAUAGUGAUAAACAAUGUCACUCCAAUAUGGACACAUACCAACAGACUUAUACGAAUAUCAGAAGGGAUUUUUGCGGAUAUUAUAGUAAUUUAAAUAGUUGAGACCAUCGGUCAAUUGAUGCUAGACCAUCAUGGGAAACCGGGACGAAUAUGACAUUGGAAACUAAUCAUCCUAAUAAAGUGAGUAUGAUUCGACAAAUCCUAGUAAAUAUAUAUUAAAUUAUUGUUGUUAUAGUAUUUAUAAUCAUAAUGAUAGUGAUAAUGACGAAUGGAUCAAACAUGUUUACACAUUGUUGGUAUACAAAAAUCGACUAGAGGAGUGAAACAAAUCAGCAGGAGCAAGUUGAUAGAGAGGACGUUACUGGACUAGUCAAGCAGAGAGAAAGAAGAGGAGUAGAAUAAACUUCUAUUUGUGUAAGUGUAUUGUCUUGUGAUGUAUAUAUACACAAGUAUACGAUUGUUUAAAGAGUAUGGUAAUUGGAAAUCACAAGUAUCAUAGAUGAUUGAUCUAUCUGUGUAGGUGUGUUAUAUCUUUUGACAGGAACAGAAUGCAUCAUAACAACAACACAAUGUGAUAGAAAUAAUGAAAAUAACAAAACAACUCAGAUUUUUCUAUCUUCUUUUAUUACAAGAUCAUUACAAUAGGAAAAUCUACGGAUUAAAAACUCUUAAUGAUAGACAUCAUUUAUAAUGCAUUACACACCGAUAGGAAUUAUACACACCAGCACACAUACACUUAUUCACCAAGUAAAUAUAUAUGCACUCUUACAUUGACCUGUAGUAAAGAUAUUUCUUUCUAUUUUGUUAAAGUCUAUUUUACAACAUAAGUUUGUUGUACCCAAAAUAAGAAGCAGAUAAAUCUGGAAAAUCAAGAUCAUGAAUCGAUUGGUAUUAGAUCACUAUUGAAAACAUGGAAGCACUGGACGGCUGUUUCGUCCUUACAUAUCAGUGCACAUCCACAAUCCCGCACGCGCGAUUCCAACCCAGGAUCUUCGGUCUCGCGCAUAAACGCCUAACCUCUAGAUCAAUGAGCCGGCACCCAACGGUGUUAAUGCCUAACUUCCACCGAUUUGUAAAAGUACACAUGGAAUAAUAUAUAGAUUAAUCAUUGCAGUAAUAUUUAUGUUUUGUUUUCAUAAUUCAGAUUUAUUAUCACUGGAAGUUUAAAAUACAAU